GGGAUGGAGGGGUUCCUGUCCACGUUUCCACCAUACAGUGUGUACGGUAACCCCGUCUGCGCACUCCCGGCGCAGGUCAGCAACUGGGGCAAGCGAGAUGGUCGCUUCAUGACCCCCCAGGGCCUCAAUUACCUGGAGCUCUACAAGACUAUCCUGUCCCAAGUCAACCCCGGUUUACCCCCUCCACUCAAGAAGGCAAACACCAAAGAGUGCGGUGUGCAAGUGAACGCCAGGGUGGAUAAAAUCAUCCAGUGCUCACUGGGCCCCAAAACGCUGUCCUGCGACGAACACCCUGCCCCCUCCAAGCCCCCCAGGAGUCCGGAAGCGCAGCUCCACACGCCGCCGAUGAGCAACCUGCGCUUCCUGAGGCCCGUAUCCAUCUAUUCACCGGUGUUUGACCGCAGGCUCUUCCUAAAGAAACUCGAAGACUGCGCUGCUGGUGGAGAAGAAGGUGAAGCCACCGAACAGGCCAAGUCUCAAAGUGACGACGAAGCCGUAGAGGACUCCAAGACCGCUUUCCAUCGGUCUUCAAAGGGCUCCAACUUCCAGUUCUUGGAGCAGAGGUAUGGGUUUUUCCACUGCAAAAAGUGCAACAUUCGGUGGGAGAGUGCUUAUGUAUGGUGCAUCUCUGGAACCAGUAAGGUGUACUACAAGCAGCUCUGCCGGAAGUGUCAGGUGGGGUUUAACCCCUACAGAGUGGAAUCUAUCCUGUGCAAGGGUUGCUCUCAGACAUGCUGCAUCUGCGAGAAGAAGCAGAGGCACAUUAACAUGAAGAAGCCUCACCGUCAGGACCUGUGUUGUCGCUGCAAGGGAAUGAGGCUGUCCUGUGAUGCCACCUACAGCUUCAAAUACAUCGUCUGAGUUGCCCGGCAUGACCAUCGCCACGUACAUCUGAUGGCAUCAGCCACGAAAGGCCUGAGGUUAUGCCAGUAAGGUUGACAUGUAACUCGUGCCACAAAUGGAAGCUGCCUCCAGUAGCAGACUUGAAGAAUCACUCAUUCUCCAACCAGCAGGAAGCUGAAUGGCUGCUUUGGUUCAAGGCAACUUUAAAAAUGCCCCCCCCCCCCC